ACCUGUUUUGACCUGGUUCACUCCUGCAGGCUCAGAGUGCUGUGGGAAAGCUUCGGAGGAUCAGCUUCUCUCCCCUUUUUUUCAUCCUGUUUUCCGUUAUUUCCGCUUCUUCUCGUCUCUUCUCUACUCAUUCUUCAUUUCAUUGAUCAGCCUGUGUUCUUUUAACUGUCCUCCUUUUUCUUCUUCUAUCCUUUCCCUGCACUUGUUCUCUUUUUCCCCUGCUGCGUCAGUCACUCUCCCUCACUAUGCUCUAUUUCUCUACGCCCCUCUUUGCCCUACAUUCUCAUUUCUUUCUUCACUGAUGCCAGUUAUUCCUUUCUUCCUUCUCUCAUCCGACCUGCUGUCGACCAUGGACCACAUUGUGGAGUUCAAGAACAAACUACUUGUGGAAAUGGUGCUUUCAUGAUCCAAUACGGAGUCUAUCUUUUGCCAGUGGGUUGUCAGUGUUAUUUGGAUUUGGAUUAUUGACAUAGAAUACCAGACUCAGUGAAGUGAGAGUUAUGGCUGCAGGGAAGUGGCCGUCUCUGAAUUUCACAUCAAGGAUUGAUUAAUUGAAUCGUCAGCUCUCUACUGAAGACCUGUAUUCGAUAUUUUGUGUGGAUUUAUUGGACUACUGGAUGGCUUAAUGGGUGAAGGAAUCAUUCAUCAACCACAGAAGCCAGGCUUAAACUUCUGUUUGUGGAGGCUUAAACUGUGCUGAAGUGUCUUUGAACAACAACCUGACGUUUUUACCUCCUCAAGAGAUCUGUCCCCUUAAGGAGGAGAGAAAAAGUAGGGCUGCUUCAUAGGAAUCACUGCAUAUCCCAUUGCACAAUGGUAAAGGUGUUUCUGGUGGGUUAAAGGUCAUGACAUAUUGGAUGGACCUCAGUCUAAGACUGCUUCCUUGCAUCCUGACAUAAUACAAUGCUUUAGCUCGCUCUAGGAGAGAGAGUAACAUUCUUGUGACUUUUGUUUGUUGGAAAAUAUAUAGGCUACAUGUAGUAUUUUACUUAAUACUUUUGUCAAGAAAUCUGAUGUGCUGAUCAGCUAGGAUUCAGACAUGUACUUGUGGCUGUCAGAAGCUGAGUAAGACAUUUAUCUCUUAAAGGUGGAAAGAUUUGGAACAUCUCUAUCAGCUGGACUUGGAUCCUGAUAAUAGACGAAGAGCUGGAGUGGCUGCCAGGGACAGCAGAGACAUAGACUGAGUGCUAUAUUCACUCUUGUUGGGGUAUCUGCUGUGUCACCACAUUUACAGUACAAAGGAUAUUUGACAUCUUCUCUGGUCUUUUUCUGGGCUCUUUGCACAAGUUGGUGACCACCCUAGAUCUGUGUUUUCUGUGGCCGUCUUCUAAAGUUUCAUUGACAAACCACUGUAACAGAAUGCUAACCAGCAAAAGGUCUCAAAUUUUUUGGAUUUUUGUAUCUGCACUUUUUUUACCAUACUCAAAUUUGGCUACCAGGGAUUUGAAGUGGUUGCAGUAAUCCACUUUAAGAGCCAGUCCAAGGCUCUAUGCUGUUUUGGGGGCUCACUGGUUUUGUCUGGGCCCUUUGGCCAGACCAGGAAAAGCCCCCAUACAGAAAAAAUGGAGAACAGCGGCUGUAUCCCACUGUGCUGGAGCAAGGGGGCCUGCAUCUAUGCUCAACACCCAUUACCAAAAUAUGACGGCCAGUUAGCCCCGGCAGGACCAUCUGACUUAGGCAUGGCGUCGUCUUCCUACUUAGAACCCAACCUCAAUCACUCCUCGGGUGGUUGCGGGGUUAAAUCCCGGUCUGGGAUGCCGGGAGGUACGGGUGUUGGUACCAGUGGCUCAGCAGGAGGUCUUGAGCGACCUCCAGGCUCCAUGGACAGGGUUCUGAAGAUCUUCCAUUAUUUUGAGACAAACAGCGAGCCCUGUACCUGGGCUAGUAAUAUCAGGCAUGGUGAUGCUACAGACGUUAGGGGCGUUAUCCAGAAGAUAGCAGAGAUCCACAAAUUGCGCUGUGUGUCAUCCUUGGGUCUCCGUCUGACCCAUCUGCACUCUGACGCUCUCCAUUGGUUGCACCCUGACUUGGGUGUGUCUCACAUCAGGGAGAAAUAUGAGAAACAACAUCCACAGGAGGAAUGGAGGUAUGAGUUGCGGAUGCGGUACCUUCCUAAAGGUUAUCUCAGUCAUUUCUCUGAAGACAAACCCUCUCUCAACUACCUCUAUCACCAGGUAAAGAGUGACUACAUGCAUCAAAUAGCUGAUCAGGUGGAUCAAGAUGUUGCAUUGAAACUGGGGUGUUUGGAAAUUAGGAGGUUUUUCAGAGAGAUGCCAGGAAAUGCCCUGGAUAAGAAAUCCAACUAUGAACUACUAGAGAAAGACGUUGGUUUAAGAAGAUUUUUCCCCAAAAACCUCCUGGAUUCCCUUAAGGCGAAGACUCUUCGUAAACAGAUCCAGCAGACAUUUAAGCAGUUUGCUAACCUCAACGAUGAGCAGAGCAUCCACAAGUUCUUUGAGAUCCUUUCUCCCAUCUACCGCUUUGACAAGGAGUGCUUCAAAUGUGCAUUGGGGUCUAGUUGGGUAAUAUCAGUAGAGUUAGCUAUUGGACCAGAGGAAGGAAUCAGCUACCUCACAGAUAAGGGCUCAACGCCAACACACUUAGCUAACUUUAAUCAGGUUCAGUCCAUCCAAUACUCCCCAUUAGAAGAAAAGGACAGGAAAGGCAUGCUGCAGCUCAAUGUAGCAGGAGCUCCGGAGCCCCUUACUGUCACCACGGCAUCGCUGACUACAGCAGAAAAUAUGGCUGACCUGAUCGACGGUUACUGUCGACUCGUCUCUUCAGCGACUCACUCCUUCAUUGUCCGAGUCCACAAAGAGGGGGACAGAGCUCUUCCUUCUAUUCCAAAGGUUUCAAAUCAUGAGAAGCGGAUGGAAAAACGGAUGGACGGAGUACGGACCAGAGCUGUUUGCAUCUCAGGUCAUACUAGUGGCGAUGAAACAGACGACUAUGCUGAAAUCAUAGAUGAGGAGGACACCUAUACGAUGCCUUCGAAAUACUAUGGACUAGAUCAAGCACGAGACUAUGAGAUUCAGCGGGAUUGUAUCGAGUUGGGACGUUGCAUAGGCGAGGGGCAGUUUGGAGAUGUCCACCAAGGAGUCUAUAUCAGCCAGGAGAACCCGGCCUUAUCUGUUGCAGUGAAGACAUGUAAAAACUCUACUUCAGACAGUGUUAGAGAAAAGUUUCUCCAAGAAGCAUUGACUAUGCGUCAGUUUGACCAUCCCCAUAUUGUAAAGCUGAUGGGAGUAAUCACAGAAAAUCCAGUCUGGAUCAUCAUGGAGCUCUGCACACUCGGAGAGUUACGGUCGUUCCUCCAGGUGAGGAAGUACAGUCUGGAUUUGGCCACGCUCAUCUUGUACUCGUACCAGCUCAGCACAGCACUGGCCUAUCUGGAGAGCAAACGCUUUGUACACAGGGACAUUGCAGCGCGAAAUGUGUUGGUGUCUACGGUCGACUGCGUGAAGCUAGGGGAUUUUGGUCUGUCACGAUAUAUGGAAGAUAGCUCUUAUUACAAAGCUUCUAAAGGCAAACUACCUAUUAAAUGGAUGGCUCCAGAAUCCAUCAACUUCAGACGAUUUACCACUGCAAGUGAUGUCUGGAUGUUUGGUGUCUGUAUGUGGGAGAUUCUAAUGUAUGGCAUCAAGCCUUUCCAGGGCGUAAAGAACAAUGACGUAAUUGGAAGGAUAGAGAACGGUGAGCGACUGGCUAUGCCCCCUCAGUGUCCUCCUACGCUCUACAGUCUGAUGACAAAGUGCUGGUCGUAUGAUCCGAGCAAGAGGCCACGCUUCACUGAGCUCAAAACACAACUAAGCACUAUAUUAGAAGAGGAGAAAGUACAGCAGAAAGAGAGGAACAGGAUGGAGAUGAGGAGACAGGUCACUGUGUCUUGGGACUCUGGAGGGUCAGAUGAAGCACCACCGAAACCAAGUAGACCAGGUUAUCCCAGUCCACGCUCAAGUGAAGGUUUUUACCCCAGUCCCCAACAUCCGGGACACUACCAGAUGGCAGGAUAUCCCGGGCCUCACACACUCCCCUCGGUGCCCAGCGCCCUCUACCCCCCACAGGCCGCUAUGCUGGACACACACCACGCACACACACAUCCCCGACACCACGUUCACGCACAUUCGCAUGCACAGCACCUUCCUCUGCCUCACGGACAGGACAUGGCGGUGUGGGGAUCUGUGCUUGAGGACAGGGCAGUAGACAUGCAGCAGUGUGUAGGCCAGCAGUGUCUGUUAAUGGAGGAACAGCUGAUGAUACAACAACAGCAGAUGGAGGAGGAUCAGAGGUGGCUGGAACAGGAGGAAAGGCUGCUGAAACCAGACACCAGGAGUUCUAGAGGGAGUCUGGACAGAGACGACGGAGGCCUCCAACCACCAACCGGAAACCAGCACAUAUACCAGCCCGUUGGCAAACCAGAGCAUGCAGCACCCCCAAAGAAACCCCCCCGACCCGGAGCCCCAAGUCAAGUGGGCAACCUAGCCUGUCUGAAUACUGGAGACAGUUACAAUGACGGAGUGAAGCCCUGGCGGCUGCAACCUCAAGAGAUAAGCCCACCUCCGACCGCUAACCUGGACCGCUCUAAUGACAAGGUGUAUGAGAACGUGACGGGAUUGGUCAAAGCUGUAAUCGAGAUGUCGAGCAAGAUCCAGCCGGCUCCUCCAGAGGAAUACGUUCCCAUGGUUAAGGAUGUGGGUCUUGCAUUAAGGACGUUAUUGGCCACAGUGGAUGAGACUCUACCACAGCUUCCAGCCAGUACACACAGAGAGAUUGAGAUGGCACAGAAACUUUUAAACUCUGACUUGGCAGAGCUGAUUGGGAAAAUGAAGUUAGCCCAGCAAUAUGUGAUGACCAGUCUGCAGCAGGACUAUAAGAAACAGAUGUUGACGGCGGCUCACGCUCUGGCUGUUGAUGCCAAGAACCUGCUAGACGUCAUCGACCAAUCCCGGCUCAAGAUGAUGGCCCAAUCCCGCCCACACUAGCCCCUCAUCAGCCGAGCCGACCAGCAGGACUUGGUCCGCUAUUAAAAAAAGACAGCAUUUAUUGUGUUUACUGUUGGCAGCAGAGAAGUUAAAGACUCCUGUUACACGAUGGAGCUGACUGCUUUCCAUCGAAGGAGAAAACAACGGCUCUUAUAUUUUGAUAUAGUCUGUGAAGAGUUAUUAGAUGACAAAUCCCCUGCAACUUUAGGAACUACUAUGUGAACAAAAGUAAAGAAUUAAUUUGGGAUAAUUCUCUCCACCACUGUGACUUUCUUAAAACACGAACAGAGAAAAAAAACACAACUCCUUAAUCAGGGACUUGGCAGCUCCACUCUCUUUGGACUGGAACUUAACGAUGAGAGGAGGUUGGGUGAAGAGGAGUGGAUUUAUCUGGUAAGUUUUUAAACUGUGGAUCUUAACAUGAAAUGAGCCAGAUUCAUUGGAUCCCAGGUUUAAAAUGUGUCUGAACCUCUUAAAGAAGAAAUGCCAUCGUGUUUGUGGAUAAGUCUAUAUGGAAAACCACCUGAAAAAAGCCAUCAGAACCUGAUUAUUCCACAUUUGAUCUGCAUGAAACUUCAAGACGCCCACGUGAUUUGAGUCCCGGAGGAGCGGAUUAGACACCAACCAGCAGCCUGUUUAUAACGUGAUUUGGCUUCUGGAUGUGACCUUUCGCCUCAGCUGAAAUACCUCCAGCAUAUAUUCAACAAGCGGAUGAAACUACAUUUCCCAUCAGCUUUGGUCGUGUGUGACUCUGGCAAACAGCGGGCAGACGCAACAGAUAACAUGUCUCUUUCUCUUCCAUCCAUUCCUGUCUUCCUUCCGUCUCCCCAGGUUUUAUUUAUAGACACAGAAAUUGCAGAGGUGGAGACGGACGGAGAGAUGGGGAGGGGCAGAUUCAGACACUAUCCUUCCCUUUUUCCACUACAUUUUUUGUUUCAUUUCGUUCAUUCUCCCUCUCCUUCCUGCAGUCUUCCUCAGCUCCUACCUGAGCAGGUUUUUUAAACUCCAAAUGUGAAGAAUUUGACUGUCUGGGUAAACACCACAGACUACACGCACUCAGUAAAGCCAACUCUUUUUAUCAGCUGCCUCCAUGUUUUUGUGUCAUUUGGAGCUCUGUGUUUCUCCUCUUCACUGUCUGAUCGGAAACUGUAGGCAGAAUUUCAGUCCCAGCAUUGACUCUAAUGAGCGAAAAAGAAAAACAAGCACGGCGGUUUUGAGGCACUCGUGGGAGGAAGAAGAGGAGCUGGAUUGUGUCUCAACCUGUGCACUGAACUCUCCUACAGUCUCCGUUUAUCCCUGAUAUGAAACUGACAUCACACCACCCCACUGGUGUUCCAAAGUGAAUUCUCCUGGACACAAUAAACCACACAACUGGAACCUUUCUGCUUUGAGUCCCAGUAUCUUGUCAGGUGUAACACUUAAAAAAAAAAAAAAAAAAAAAAAAGUCCCUGCCUUGUGUCACCCCUAGCAACAAAGACACACCCA